CAAAAGUUCUCUCUCAGAAGGUGUUUCUCUCUGCCUUAAAAAGCCUCUAGUACUAUUGCUUCUUUCAUUCACAAAUAGUUGAGUGGAGGAUUUUGUGGAGGAGAAACAAAAAGCAAUCUCUUUGUUUUGCUCAUAGAAGAUUUGGGUUUCUUUGAAAGUUAUCGAAAAGAGAGAGAUAAUUAUGAGCUUGAGUUCUUAGAGAGAUCGAUCAUUGAAGAGUCUUGUGCUUGAUUGGGUUGUGAAGGUUUCUUUUGAAAUGGUUUUGAUGUCUGAGAUUUUCUUGGCUGAAGAAGAGAAGGUUGAAGGAAAGUGGGAGAAAGAGAGAUAACACAUACAAGGCCCGAGGGCAGAAGUAGAGGGGAAAAAACAAAGGGAUUGGGCUGUUUUGGUCUGCAGAACAAUAGGGGCUAUUGAGAAUGUCUGCAACAAUACUCAGUGACCCAAUGCUAAUAUCAGCCCCGGAAGCACCACCAGCGGCAGCUACCAAACUCAUGGCCCAAAGUGAAGUAGAAUCCGCCAUAUGCGACUGCUGUGGACUAACCGAGGAGUGCACGCCGGCCUACAUAUCACGCAUCCGGGAGCGGUACCUCGGCAAAUGGAUAUGCGGGCUAUGCUCUGAGGCCAUAAAAGACGAGAUUAUAAGGUCUGAAAGGCUACUUAGCACUGAAGAAGCCAUGGCUAAGCACAUGAACUUCUGUAAAAAAUUUAAGUCCUCAGAGCCGCCUCCGGAUCCUACAGUGCAUUUGAUAGCGGCCAUGAGACAGAUUCUUAGACGCAGCUUGGAUUCUCCGAGGGGAUUAAGGUCUACGCCAGCUAGUCCGGUUAAAAGUGACCAGGAAAUCCACGGGCCGGGUCUUACUAGGUCCGGCAGUUGUUUUCCCAGUCUGUCUGGUCCGUGAAGGUAUGGGAUGGAAUGGGGAGAAAACAGAGAUGAACAUGGGGAGGAGUAUACGUCUCAUUUGCAGCAAAAUAAAAAUCCCAAAAAAAAAAAAAAAAAAAAAAAAAAAGAAGGGGCAAAAUCGCUAUUGUAGUUAUCAAGUAUAUAACUUUCCUUCUCAAAAGUUUCAUCCUAAAACUACAUAUAAUGUUGCUCUGUCUUCUCUGAAUCUACUCAUUGUUUAGAGGCCCUAGAACAGGUUGCAUGACAGAGGCCUUAAAGCAUAUGGUUUUAAAAUUUGCUAAUUGGUUGUGAGAAGUCCAAAGAGUGCAAUUUUGCAGAUACUCAUAAGUAGGGAAUUAAUUAAGUUGGUGGAAA